AUGAACACCUCCUGUAGGGUUUCCUUCCUUGAUCCAGACACUCGAGAGGUGCUGGAAGCACAUAUUAGAAGGUUUUGGGUAAAGCACAGGUGGACCCUCCCCCUCAAGGUCCUCAAGCCCAUAAAUCUCUUGAAGCUGAAAAAGCUCCAACCCUCCACCGUUCUGCAGUUUGCCUCUUCCCCUUCAGCCACCUGUGUGUCUGGGUCCCACUCAACAGUCACGUGUGCUGAGUUCCUGGAGAAACCUCCUCAGGCUCAUUCAGGAGAGAAGGUGAUAACAGAAGAGUCAGUUCCUACCCUGAAGAGGCCUCUCCUUGUCCCCUCAACUGUGUGUAAGGAAAUCCAGAGUGCCCUGGGAGCGAUUCCAUCUGCUGACUACCAUGGGCCCUCAAAGGCUUCUCUGACUGGACAGGAGGGCAGGCCACCUUCUCAGUCCCUCACACUCAGCCUUGUGGGCAGAACCUGGAAGAGUGAGACUGUGGAAUGGGUCAAGAGGGACAGCCUAGAGCCAGGUCCAAGUUCAGCAAUGGUCAGGAAUGAGCCAACAGAGGAGAGUGGUGGUCAGGCCUCAGGAGACCCCUGCCAUAGGGCAACAGUGAUGGAGGUGAACUUAGGAUCCCAAUCUUUGAGAGUCAAUGGUCGAGAUGCUCUGCAAAAAUUCAAGCCCACAUCAGCCACUGCCCGGAGUCACGGAUCCGUCAAAAGCAGAUCAACCUUGAAGAGUGAGCCUGCUGAGGGUCAAGCACUCAUGACAGCUGUUGGACAGAUCCCAGAAGAAGAAAGAGCGAUUCACCAUGGACUUCAUGCCACAAAGUUAAAUGGACACAGACUGGAGUUCCAAGUCCCAGUAUGGCGCAUGGUGGACACAGCUCCAGGUGGUGUCUUUCUCAUUGUGGAGAUUUCUGUUCCAGCUGAUGCCCCUGAUCCAGAUGACAACAGAAAUGGACCCCAUCCCCCAUACCUGUCAGGCCCCGCAACACGUGGAAAUGCUGUGACCUGGGGUGGAGGGGGCAGAGUGAGCACAGGACUGCUCACGCCCCUGGUUUCUCCCUGGAGCCAGGCCCUACCUCUGGGCCCCGAUUCCCAAGGCAGCCUCCAGAAUGGGCAGAGCAGUGAGAGUGGAGCCAGGACUUGUGGGAGGGGUCGGUACCCAGAGGAAAGAGUUGACAGGGUUGGGACCUGA